UGGGAUCACCGAGCGGUAUCAUGCUGAGGCGACUUACACGAGGAGCUGAAGCGACUUUUACACGGUACUUCGCAACCAAGGCUGCUACUGAACCUAGAAAGACAUGUUUAUAUGAUAUGCAUGUUAAUCAUCAUGGAAAAAUCGUCGAUUUUGCCGGAUGGCUUUUACCAGUGCAAUACCGUGACGCUAUCGCGGCAUCUCACCAACACACACGCACCCACGCUUCGCUCUUCGAUGUCGGCCACAUGUUACAAACGCAUGUUACCGGCCGCGAUGCAACUGAAUUUCUAGAAUCGCUCACCACUGUUGAUCUGCAAACUCUUGGCCAAGGAUGCGCUAGUUUGACUGUGUUUACAAAUCAGAAUGGUGGUAUUCUCGAUGAUCUCAUUAUCACGAAAGAUCGUACUGAUAAGUUUUUCGUUGUGUCCAAUGCCGGAAGAAGGAAUGAGGAUAUAAAGCUUAUGCUCGAUCGACAGAAUGAGAUGAAAGCUCAAGGCAAAGAAGUAAAUAUCCAGUUCUUAGAUCCUUUAGAGCAAGGUUUGAUUGCGCUGCAAGGACCAAGUGCAGCGACCGCACUUCAAUCAUUGAUUAACAUAGAUCUAACAAAGUUAAAAUUUAUGACGAGUGUUGAGACUGUUUUGGACCAGAAACUAGUGAGGAUAUCCCGAUGUGGAUACACUGGUGAGGACGGUUUUGAGAUUUCAAUACCAGGUAAAGAUGCUAAAAAUAUCGCUGAAUUAAUACUCAGUAAACCCGAUGUCAAGCUCGCUGGGCUUGGAGCGAGAGACAGCUUACGGUUGGAAGCUGGAUUAUGUUUGUAUGGCCAUGACAUCAAUGAGGAAACAACGCCAGUUGAAGCAACGUUAUUAUGGUUAGUUGCAAAACGGCGAAGAGCUGAAGCCAACUUCCCAGGUGCCGAGGUUAUUCUGAACCAAAUAAAAAACGGCGUGAAGAGGAAGCGCGUAGGUUUGACACUUGGUCAAGGACCACCAGCUCGUGAAAACGCUGCAAUUCUAACAGCGGAAGGUGAACGAGUUGGUAAAGUUACCUCCGGAGCGCCAAGUCCUAGUCUUGGUAAACCAAUCGCUAUGGGAUAUGUUCCAACCGAGUUAGCCAAAACUGGUACCAACGUUUUGGUUGAGAUUCGAAACAAGACUUAUAAGGCUGUUGUUACGAAAAUGCCUUUCAUAAAAUCAAAUUAUUAUACUGUAAAGUAAAAAUGCGAAUUCGGUUGCAUUUAUGCGAGUGUAGUUCAAGAAAUAUUUUUCAAAUUAUAUACUAAAUUAUAUUUGAAUGAAAUACUUUUUCAUAUCUUCUGCCAAAAGAAUCUCAAGUAUCUAUUGCUAUGUCGUGGAGCAGAACGAUAUUUGUCUGUACAUAAGAGUUAAAUAUAAUUGUUAUAAUUAAA